ACACACACACACACACACACACACACACACACACACACACACACACACACACACACACACACACACACACACACACACAGACCGCUCUGAACGCUGUAAAUCCUUUUAGUCUUUAUUACCGAGAGGACGAUAAACUAACUAGCGCUGAGAAAGUGUUUAUCUGUGGACGAGGAGAAGAGACGUGAAAAUGACAAGAGACACAGAGAACGUGACAGUACAGAGUGAAGGGGGGUAUCAGCCUGUGGGGGAGGAGGAGGAGGAGGAGGAGACAACUGCACUGCUGGGACAGGAUGCUCAGGUCUCUACGGGUUCCUCCUUCAUGUUCUCCGUGUCUAAUCUGAUGAACGCCAUCAUGGGAAGUGGAAUCCUGGGCUUAGCGUACGCUAUGGCCAACACGGGUGUGGUGGGGUUCAGUAUUUUGUUGUUGCUGGUCUCCAGUUUGGCCGCCUUCUCCAUCCACCUCCUACUCUCACUGUGUGACCAGACAGGUGUGACCUCGUACGAGGGACUGGGAGAGAGAGCCUUCAACAACGCCGGAAAAGUGCUGGUGGCGUGUACCAUCCUGAUCCAGAACAUUGGUGCCAUGGCUUCGUAUAUGUUCAUCCUGAAGAUGGAGCUUCCUCCCACUAUCAGCAGCUUCCUGAGAGCUGAGCCUUCUGGGUAUAAUUCCCUUGUGUGGUAUGAGAAUGGUGUGGUGUUACUGAUCCUGGUCACUUUGUGUGUGGUUUUUCCUCUCGCUCUGCUGCCCAAAAUUGGUUUCCUGGGUUACAGCAGCAGCUUGUCGUUCCUCUUCAUGCUGUUUUUUACCGUUGUGGUCGUGGUAAAAAAAUGGUCUGUUCCAUGUCCACUGCCCAACAACUCCAGUCUAACUCAGAACUCCUCUGUGUCAGACUGCAGCGCUCAUCUCUUCAUCUUCUCCAGUAAGAGUGCUUAUGCCAUCCCCACUAUGGCGUUCUCCUUUUUGUGUCACACUGCAGUCCUGCCCAUUUACUGUGAGCUCCAGCGACCCACUAAGCGGCGGAUGCAGAACGUGGCUAAUGUGAGCAUCUCUCUUAGCUUCCUGGUCUACCUGGUCUCUGCCCUCUUCGGCUAUCUCACCUUCUACGGUCACGUAGACUCUGAGCUCCUGCGUGGAUAUGAUAUUUACCUGCCCCGUGACGUGUUGGUGAUGUCAGUGCGUCUUGCGAUCCUAUUGGCCGUGCUGUUCACUGUGCCGCUCAUCCAUUUUCCCGCCCGUAAAGCAGUGUUAACUUUACUCAGAGGAGAGAGACAGUUCUCCUGGCUGUCUCACUGUGUCUCCACAUUUGUCCUCCUCCUGAUCAUUGAGCUGUUGGCCAUCUACGUCCCUGACAUCAGGAAUGUCUUUGGAGUUGUGGGUUCCACUACAUCGACCUGUUUGCUGUUUGUUUAUCCGGGUCUGUUUUAUUUGCGUGUCAGUAACGACCAUAUCAGAUCUGCCACUUCACUUGGGGCUGUCGCUCUCGUGCUGUUUGGUGUGUUUGUGGGUUUGCUGAGUCUGUGCGUCAUCAUCAUUUCCUGGGCUCAGACAUCCUGACCUUGACCAUUUGACCUCUGACCUCCUCCUAACCUUUGCACAGUUACAUCAACAUCAAUUUAUUUAAAGAGGAACACACAGUUUAGAGCGAGUUACCCAGGGGACUGUUAUUACUGUAACACACAGCUUUACCAAAGACGUCUGGGUCCGGAUUGAUAUAAAAAUUUACGAUUAUCACGAUUGUGUGGAAUAUUAUAGUAAAUGUCACUGAUGGUGAUUAUUGCACAUUGUUUCGAUGUGUACGUGAUCCUGAUGUGUACAUCUGUAUAUCUGCUGCUAUUAUUUUAAUAUUAAUAUCACACACACACACACACUAAGUGGCUGAAACUUACAUUCCAAUAUCAAACCCACACAGGUUUAAUGCAUUCACUGUGGAUCACGAAGUAACUCUGUUCAGAGCCAUUGUUCUCAAGGUUUAUGUACAUCUAAUCAUUGUGUGUCUGUGUGUGUGUCUGUCUGUGUGUCUGUCUGUGUGUGUGUGUGUGUCUGUGUGUGUGUCUGUGUGUGUGUGUGUGUCUGUGUGUCUGUGUGUGUGUUCACGUUGCUGAAUAAUAAAAGGGAUAUGCUGAUUUUUCUAUCA